GGCCGGGAAAGCUCUUCCCAGCUCUGAGCCGGCAGAUCCGGGUCUCGUGGUCUAGACUGACGUGGUCAAUCGAAUCAAAACAGAAGGGGAAAGGUUCCUGGGGCUGAGCCGCGGCUGCUUCUGCUGGUCGAGGAGCCGGAGCGAGAAGGCGGCAGCGGCAGUAGACACAGCACCAGACUCUAGGGCUAGGUGUUCACAGCCAAGUUUAGAUUUCUUGGCAUAAUCAUGGCAGAAGGUGGAUUUGAUCCCUGUGAAUGCAUUUGCUCGCAUGAACAUGCAAUGAGAAGGCUGAUCAAUCUGUUGAGGCAAUCCCAGUCAUACUGCACGGACACAGAAUGCCUUCAAGAAUUGCCAGGACCAAAUUCCUCUGGUGAUAACAGCAUCAGUAUUGCCAUGAUAAUGAUGGCCUGGGUGGUUAUCGCUCUUGUCUUGUUUUUGCUGAGACCAACUAAUCUAAGAGGAUCCAACAUGACUGGAAAACCAGCCAGUCCACAUAAUGAACAAGAACCACCAGCCCCACCUGUGGAUUAGACCUUGUAAUUCUGGAAAUGCUCAACCGCUAAACCCUUGCACGACCAAAUGAACACAAGUGACCAGAGUACUCAAUCUCAUUACUAUUUUCCUUUUGCAUUUACAUAAAGCAGGAUGAUAUUAUUUUGGUAUGGAACAGCUAGUAUCUAUUUCACUUUUAAAUUAAUUCUUGCUUUAUAUUUUACCAUUCCUAGUAGGUGAUGUUUGAAUAAACAAUAAGGAGCUGUAAGGGGUGGGGUUUUGGUUGUUGUUUUACUGUGGACAUUCCACUCAUUCUCUUUUUGUUACAAUGAUUACAAUACAUAAUUUCUCUGCAGUGUCUCUAGCAUAACUGAAGGAAAAUUCAAAUCCUUGUGCAUUUAUAGGCAUUAAAAGUUAUUUUUCAGAUUAAUUCUCUUUUUAUCCCUACAUAUUUUGGAAACUUAGUGGCAAACAUUAGCUUGAGUUUUGGGUAGAAAAAGUGAAGUUACUUUACCUUUACCUUGCUGUUCAGAGCAGCUUUAACUCUUUGGACCGCUAACCUAGUUUUUAGGGCUGUUGCAAAAGCAUGGAUCAACUACUGUAAUGAAUGUACAUCUAUGUGUGUGUGCAUAAGUAUGUGUCUGAGAAUUAUCACCAUCAAGAACUUGUCUGAUGUGUAAGGAAUUUACACAAAAGAUUAUCACCAAAAUGAAAUUAAAUACAUUCACCAAUAAAUGAACUCUCUGAUUAGUAUAUGUUUAAAGACAAGGAAGACUUGGGCAACUAAAUACUAAAUUCUAAAAGAGAAUUUGUUUACAAACUUUACAAAAAGAAAAAUCUAGUGACAAGUAUCCAUUACAAUUUUCUCGCCCGAGUAUAAUCUUAUAUUAAUCAAUAUCUUAAUUUUUUUACUGCAACACAUAACAAGAUCAAAAUGUUAUUAACCAAUCAUUAACUUCAGAAAGUUAUUGUCACUUACUUACAAUUUGGUUUUUACUUAUAUAUUGUAAAUAUAUAAGUAAAAGUAUAAUAUAUAUAUUACUUUCGAUUCUUAUCUGUUUGUUGUUGGAUUGUUCAAAACAGAUAUUGCAGGUGAAGAUCUAUGGUAU